UGGGCCGUGGAUGGUUCGUGGCACACGUACGGAAGGGUGGGCACGGGGCCGAGUGCCAAGGAGCUGCGAGAGCCAGGGCGCCCAGCCAGUGUUGCCCCGAAAGCCAGCGUGCGUGCACCGUCUUCCCGUCACUGCCUCCGUCGCUUCACUCAUUCGCAACCAUGAGCUGGCCAUCUGCUUACGGCUACAAGUACACCCCUAUUGGCCUCCGCCAGAGGGAAAAGAAGGAUGAUGCCUCAGGAACCCGCUCCAUCUGCACCACUGUCCACCUUCCUCAGGGCGGACACCUCCUCGACAUUGAGAGGCAGUACGGCUUGGACGGCUCCAUGUCGAAGAGGGAGACGCAGAACAUGGACCCCGCUUCCUUCGUCCCAAGCCCUGCCCGCCCUGCCACUGCAGAACCCGCCGCCUCCAACCCUCUCCUCGAUGCCUUCGAGCCUCGUGCCCCCACUGACUUCGAGCGACAGGCAGAUGACAUCAUUGCUAACUUCCGUGCCAGGCAGGGGCUGCCCCUUGAGCGGAAAAGAUGCAGCAUUCCGACCGACUUGAUCAGCGGAAGUACCUGCGUCUGCUUCGAAAAUGAGAGAGACAGAAUACGCGCCGUCAUGAAGGACAUGAUUAAAAGGGCUAUGAGGAAGGCGGAAGAGGAGUCCUACUUUUAAAUGGCUGACGACAAUCUCCCGAACACCUGCACAUUUCUCGACUCAUCCAUCAUGGCAUCCCCCUGAACUUGUCGAAGACACACUGGAUUUUUGGGCAACCAGCUGACUACUUGCUGGCCGGAGAGGUGGACGACGCAGCGACCUCCAAGCAUGUCGCCGUGCGGGCCGCCCACCUGCCCGCCACUCUUUAUAGCUGUGACGCAGCCGAGGCCUCGCCUCCCCGAAUGGGAUGGGAAGUGUUGGCUUUUCUCCCAGUUUUGUAUAGAAUGGGACAGAAGCAUAUCACCGCAGUGUUUACCUUGCAUGCCUUUGACUUCGUCACAUGUAAAGAGAUUUCUCACAUCGAAAAAAAAAAAAACGAAAAGAGCAAUUCAGCUCCACAGAUUAUAAUAUAAUGUUUUUGAAUUGUCUAUUAUUAUUCAUUUCACAAAAUCACACUUGGUCGUAUACUAUCUAUCACCUCUUGUGUAAUAUUAAAUUUUAUAUAUUUAAGUCUGGUUUUGGAAGAUAUGCUGCUUGGCUCACACAGUAACAAAAAGGGUAAUAUGUAAUCAGACAAUCCUUAUUAAAGAUAGUAUGAACGCUGAAA